AUGUUUUUGGCCACCGCGGAGCUGACUGGCUUGGAGUUGGAAGUUGAUUGCUGUCCUGACGAGGCAACGGAAGAGACAAAAGGAACGAAGAGCCAUGGUAAAGACGGUGCAGUUCCACUGUACCAAGAGAGGGCUACACAUGGCACUCGAUUGGACGGACAUGCCCGGCCCACUUUUCGGCUCUACCCUCCGUUUUCUCUUGCUGCUUGUCCGAUCGUCUACUUCUACGUAUGCCUUCCACAGAAUCCCAUUCCACCAGUUGAUGCCCAGCAUCAGCUAACGGCGGAAAAGCUCUUUCAACCCGCCAAGGACAUGCCAAGAGCGCACUCCUACGCACAACAUGAUCCACACCUCGCUUACUUCUUGGCUGUAGGUCACGAGCCUAUUCAGAGUCCGAAUUUGGCAUGGUCCGAAGGAACCUUUGGGCUGGAAGGGUUUGUUUUUGGUGCGGCUGGUGCGGUCUUUGUCUUGCGGGAAAAUGGCCGGGCUUUUCCCGAUGGAGGGGGAAGGGCAGAAGCUGGCCCAUAUUCACCCCUAGCAUUAUGUAGUGAUGAUGAUCAUUGCCAUGUCCGUGGGUCUCGAUGUUAUCACGGCCCGCUUGUCACCGUCACUAGGAACCAUAACAAGAUCAUUGCGUUGAAAUCGGGUCCUUUCGGGCCCCCCGGGAAAAUAGCAGACCACCAGCACUUCGCGGAACAGUGGGGGCUACAAGUCGUCAUGGGACACCAGACCCUUGCACCAGCAUUAGGAGACUACUACAACAUACUAUAUGAAAUCAUCGUGAGCUCGAUGCAAUGUUCUAGAUGUAUGUAA